AAGGAGCUAAUACGACUUCACCACUUCCGCCCUGAAGGGAGAGAGCUGUAAGAAGUCUAGUCGCUGGACAGUUGCAGCGUUGGUCUAAAUGCUUCCGAGGUGAGUUCACAUUCCCUAAAUGAUGAAGUUCUCCCACAGUUGUAACCUUGGACUGACAAGAGUCAUUCUUGGACCACAGAAGGAGCUCCCCAGAAUCUUCCAGGAGUGAGGGUCUUUGAGUCCCCAUCACUAACGUCUUGCCAACUGUGGCCUUCUGUGUUCAAGAAAAGUUAUGAGGCGUCCUGCUCAGAAAGGCCAGCACAGCAAGCAUGUACUUGGCCCUAUGGCCCAAAGAGAGGCACCGAGCCCAAUGAUACAACAGAUUCCCAUACAUUUACAUGUGUCCACUUUUGCUGCUACCUCUUUCCCGACUGCACAGAUCCCCAUCACCCAUACUGGGUUGCCUGUUGGGAUAUUACAUGAUUUCCCGAGUUCUCAGAGAGUGUCAGCUACCCCCAUGGGUUUGAGUUCCAUUCUGCGUAGCCACUUCAGUCAGGUUUCCUGGACCCAAGAAAACCUAUGUCUCCAGGGUAGCAUGAUAGACCCUGAAUCUCUGCAGGAGGAUGUACUAUCUUUAGUGCUCCUCAUGAUCCUCAAAUAUAAGAAAAAUGAGGUAAUAACCAGGGCAGAAAUGAUGACCUGCAUCAUCAAAAGCCACUGUGAUUAUUUUCCUGUCAUCUUUAGUAGAGUGAUUGAUUGUAUGCAGCUAGUAUUUGGCAUUGAUGUGAAGGAAGUGGAGCCCAGCAGUCACUCCUACAUCCUUGCCAUUGCCCUGGGGCUCACGUAUGAUGGCAUGCUUAGUGAUAUCCAGGGCUUGCCCAAGACUGGCCUCCUGAUAGUUAUCCUGGCCAUAGUAUUUAUGGAGGGCAACCAUGCUCCUGAAGCUGCAGUCUGGAAUAUUCUUUGUAAGAUGGGUGUGUGUGUCGAUCAAGACCACGACGUCUAUGGAGAUCCUAGAAAAUUAGUAAUGGUAGAUUUUAUACAGGAGCAGUACCUGGAGUACCAGCAUGUGCCCAGCAGUUUUCCUGCCCGCUUUGAAUUCCUGUGGGGCCCAAGAGCCCAUGCUGAAACUACCAAAGUUAAAGUCUUGGAACACUGGGCUAAGUUUACUGGGUGUGAUCCCAGAAGCUUUCCAUUUUUAUAUGAAGAAGCAUUGAGAGCUGACCAACAGAGCACCUACCCAUGAAUAAUAGUCGUGCAUGUAUUGGGGUAGGAGGCUCAUUAAUUGCCAGUAACCUCUCCUGUUCUGUGUCACAUGAAACCAUUUUUUACAUUGUAUUUGAAAAAAGAAAGACUUCUUACUAGAGCCCAGGACAUGUUGAGGAGAAAGUACUGUAUACAGUUGUGUCAUUCUAUUGUAUUUGUGUGACUCUCCCUUUCAACUGAAUGUUUAUCUAACUUCAGAAUGGACGAUUAUUAGUGACAGUAGUCACAUCUACUAUUGUUAAUAUAAUUUAGGAGCAAAUCUUUCUAAUUUUCCAACGAAUUGCACAAACUGAAGAUUUAAACAUGAUAUAAAGACCUGGAGAAAUGAAUGUUAAUUGUUGCCUUCUUCAAUUGUCUUCUCUGUAACAUUAAAAAAUGUGU